AUGAAUUUGAUUGUAUUACUUAUUUGGAGCGAGAGCCUCGUCGCCGGAAUUCAGAGUUUCGGACAGCUUUUCUUUCUUCCGUUUGAAGUAGUUCUUCAGAUUUCAACUCUUCGUCUUCUUUUUGAAGUAAUUCGUAUUUCAACUCUACUUCUUCUUGUUCCCGGCAUUUGCUUCUCCGGUUUUGGGUCUGACCCGAAUCUGAAUCAUGCAAUCUUCUACAGAUCUCUUCACCGAAUUCAAUUACAAACGAUACGGCCUCCACCAAAGAGAGACAAUGAUAAUGAUCCACCCCAUGCGGUUCCGGAUCAUUAUGAACCCAUUAUCGCUCGCUCCAGCUCCUUCCACUCUCCGUCCACCUCUCCAACUUCGAGAAGCCAUCAGUCCUCUCCAAAUCAUUCCCCCAGACUUGGACCCAGUCGGCUCUCGAGCUUCCACAGAUCCCAUUCUUCAUUCUCCUCUUCGCCUUUCAAAUGGAAUGCAUGGGGCUUCCUGAAAAACUGGAAGUUGCAAUUGAAUCCUCCUCAGCAGCACAAGGGAAAGUUGAAGGCGGGAAAGUCAUGGUAUCGCACGAAACGAGUGAAAGGGCUUCUGUUGCUUAUUGGGCUGCUGGGUUCCUUCUUCUUGGUAAAUUGGAUUAUGCUUACGCGUCUGCAAGAUGAAGCGGUGCAUCCUAUCACUGAGUUAUCGAGAAAUUCAUCUGCUGAUUCAGUUUCGGUUCCGGUUCAGGUAGGUGCAUGAUUAGUAUUGUGGAUUUUAAAUUCUAGGAACUUUUUUUCCCCCUGUCCCUUGCUAAUAAUUACAACUUGUUGCCUACCAGUUCAUACC